AUGGCAGAGAAUUCCAACAAUCCCCAUGUUCUCAUCAUCGGAGGAGGCUUAGCUGGUCUCGCUCUAGCGCAGGCAUUGAGAGCCCAAAACUACACUUUCCAAAUGUUUGAGAGAGAUAUUUCCGAAGUGGGCCGAACUCAGGGAUGGUGCAUAACACUGAAUGGCGACAUGCUCGACAGCUUCGCUCAAUACUUCCCCAGCGAUAUGCCGGAUUUAGCCCAGGUGGAUCACCUCUGUGGUACAGGCAUUGAGACCAGCAGUGCCGUUUACCACGCCUCGAAGAAUGUCCUUAAAGAACUCAUCCGAUUCGGUUCCAAGCUCGGGGACAGACAAAUCCGUGCCAACCGUGGUAGACUCAGGAGCUGGUUGAUGACCAACAUAUCCGUCCAAUGGGGAAAGCAGUUUGAGAGGUAUGAAGAAGAUGCCAAUGGAGUCACUGCUUAUUUCAAAGACGGGUCUCAAUUUCAUGGUGACAUACUCGUUGGUGCAGAUGGAAUACACAGUCGAGUGCGAGCACAAAUACUUCCCGUGGUCCAUCCUGGCUUUCUGCCCAUGGGUGCCAUCUGCGGGGAAAUAGAAGCACCUAAAGAGCAGUACGAGCGGUGGAUGCAAUUGGGAACGUCAUGGGUCUCUGCCUUUUCAGAUGACUUGCGAGUGACUUAUCUCGUGAGCAGUGUGUCGGAAGACCGAAACAUAGCCAAGUUGUAUUGGCUCUUCGGAUGGCAAGACGAGGAUGCUCUCAAAGACGAUUUCUGGACAUCUAAGGCAUCUCGUGAAGAAAUGCACCAAUUUGUGCUUUCACGGUUGCAUAAGCUGCAUCCACAGAUUGCGGAGCCCUUCCAAGCGACCCCUGUUGAAGGCAUGGUACUACCGCCCCUCCGCCUAUGUGAUAUGCUGCCCCCAGUGUUACCAGCCGGUCGUAUUACCUUGGUCGGAGACGCUGCUCACUCUAUGACGCCUUUUCGUGGACAAGGAGGCAAUGUUGCCAUGGCAGAUGCUAUCAGUCUAGCGCGAUCGAUUCAUGAAAGGGGAGAGAAUCAGAGUUUAUCAGACGUGUUGAAGCUUUAUGAAGAAGAGAUGCGACCCCGAGCAAUGGUGAAGGUACUAGAAUCUCGAGCCGGUGCUUACGAGGCAAAUGCUCAACCGAAAAAGGAAGCAAAUGGCUCAUGA